ACCAGGGAGGGUUGCUGAGGCGUCGUCAUACACUAGUCAAGGUCCGAUCUUUGUCCCCUUCUUUCCCCUCUCUCUCUCUCUCUCUGCAAGCGCGCUGUUUGAUCCACCGGCGGUGCCAUUGGAGCACAAGAUUCGAAUACAAGAUUAAAGCAAUAUUGAGGGGUUUGAUGAUCUUCGACGAAUUCAAAUCCACCCGGAUGUAGCAUAACCUCGGCGAGACCGGUGGAAAAGGAUACAUGUAUCCGUCUUCUGACCGGUUGACGGGAAACACAGAAUAUGGAUACGCUUCGUGAAGGAAGAUGCUGCGAUCCCGAAUCUCCGAUCGGCAAAGUUGAACGUAAUAAUUGAAAUUGGCUCCCAGCCGCUCAAAGUGGAAACGUUUUUGGGGCUUUUAAUCGGCUCGAUUGCUCUUCAUGAAAUGUCUUUAAAAAAGAGGAUUUUUUUAUGUGGGGAAUUAAAAUGGUUGGAUUUGAGGGUUUAGAUUCUGAUGAGGACCGUGAGGGCGGAAAGGCAGAGGAUUUGGUCGUAUUUUGAGGGAAAUAUCACGGGCACUAUAGUCAUUUCAUUCAUAAGGAAAUGUUUCUUCGAUACUAAGGUUUUGGUUCCCGAUAACCCUCCGAGAAACCCAUUAAUGGCGGCUCCGCAGAACCUUCCCCUAUGGAGCGCCGCGCCCCGAAGAGUAGCCUUUGAGCUUGCGAAAGAAGAAUAGUAGAGGAGGUGGAAGCAGCUGUCUGAAUAAUGGCGUGUGUCCUCGCAGCAUGCCCUCUCCCCUUCUUCAGUGGGCAGACGGAUUGCAAGAUUAUGAUUUUUCAACCUAGUGUCUCUCGCCUAAAUUGUUCAAGACUGCAGAAGUGGUGUAUUUCAACUGUCUCCAGGAAAAAAUCUCGACCAAUUGAUGUGGAAGAUAACAAUAGUACAGAAAGUACUGAUGAAGGAUCUAAGAAGACUCCACGGACUCCAAGACAUUCUAGAAAGAAAGUUGCUACAGAUAUUGCGGACAAGAGCUCUAUGGAAAUGGUUACUAGUGCCAAUGAAGAAGAAAGGAGCGCCGUGGUGACUUCUCCUGAAAGCUCUAAGAAAAUUAGUAGAAGAGGCCGGAAGAAAGCUAGUUCAUCGUCAAGCUCAGAGGAGGUGAAACUUGAAAAGAAAGCCACUAGGCGAAGGUCUUCAAAAAAGGUCAACAAAAUGAAUGAGAGUAUGGAUAAAGAACUUGUUACUCAUGAGGACCUUAUAGAGACAAAAUUUCCCGGUAGUGAACAGCGGGAGCUGCAACUAGAAGAUGAUGGGGAGGAUAUCAGUUAUACUUAUGGUUGGCCACCUCUAGUUUGCUGCUUUGGAGCUGCACGAUAUGCAUUUAUACCUUCUGGAAGGCCAGCUAAUAGACUGAUAGACCACAAGAUCCAUGAGUCGAUGAAGGAUAUGUUCUGGUCACCAAAUAAAUUUGUAAGAGCACCUGGAGGGUCAUCGUCCAGUGUUGCUGUAGCUCUUGCAGCCAUAGGUGGUCGAGUUGCAUUCAUGGGAAAACUUGGGGAUGAUGAAUAUGGUCAAAACAUGCUGUAUUAUUUGAAUGUUAACAAUGUACAAACUCGAUCAGUCAAACUUGACGGUUCAAAAUCUACAGCAACAUCCCAUAUGAAGAUUUCUAAAAGGGGCGGCCUACGACUGAGCUGUACAAGACCUUGUGCUGAAGAUAGUUUCUUGAUCUCCGACAUCAAUGUCGAUGUUCUCAAAGAGGCAAAAAUGUUCUAUUUUAGCUCAUCAUCUUUGCUUGACCAAAGUACAAGAACAACAACUCUGCAAGCCAUCAAGAUUUCCAAGAAAUUUGGAGGUGUCAUAUUUUUUGAUUCUAACCUCGCGCUUCCAUUGUGGAAAUCUAGUGAAGAAACCAAAACAUUUCUCCAAGAAGCAUGGAGGUAUGCAGACAUGAUUGAGGUGACCAAGCAAGAGCUUGAAUUCCUUUGUGGCAUCGAACCCUCGGAGAAAUUUGAUACUAACGAUAAUGACAGAACCAAAUUUAUCCACCAUAAACCAGAAGUGGUUAAGCAGCUAUGGCAUGAAAAUCUCAAGGUCCUGUUUGUGACCAAUGGAACUUCUAAAAUACACUAUUACACCGCGGAGGAUAAUGGAUGGGUUCAUGGAAUGGAAGACCCACCUAUCACUCCCUUCACCGGUGACAUGUCAGUGGCCGGUGAUGCCAUCGUUGCUGCACUUUUGAGAAUGCUUACGGUGCAGCCUCAUCUGGUCACCGACAAGGGUUACCUGGAGCACACAAUCAAAUACGCGAUUAAUUGUGGUGUCAUUGACCAGUGGUUGUUUGCUAGAAUCUGCGGUUUCCCCCCUAAAGAAGGGAUGGAUGUACCAGAGGACGAAGAUAGAAGAUUCAAGUCCAUUACGGAGAGAGAAUAUCGUGCAGUGCAGCCGAAGAAGUAGUUGGCUGAUUUACAUUUUCUUCUGCUUGUAUGUCCUUUUUUGAAGAAUUCCCAGAAUCAUCACGAUAUCUCCCCAGAGAGAUUCUGAAGAUUCCCGAGUGUGAUCAGGUGAGUAACCCAUAGGGCAUGGAGGUGCCGAGUUUUUAUAAAUUUUUACAAUCGAGCAUAUGAGGCUACUUGUGUAUGAUCGAUCGUUAAUUUCAGUUUCUUGUUCAAA